UUCUACUUGAGAUAAAAACAGAGACGCAACCGGCAGUGUUUUGUUUCCUGUUAACAGUAAACAUGUCUAAAUUAUAGUGGCUUUAACAUAGGAGUUUGUCUACAGGCUGCUCUUGGAGCACCAGGUUUUCUGAACAUAUUCAUAUUUUCUUUAACUCUAAAACACCGGAUUCAACUAAUCGGCUAUUGAAGAGUCUUUCCUGAGCAGAACUAGGCAAGGAUGGCAAACCAGGAGGAUGAUAUUCAGGAUGUUCAAGAAGAGUUGAAUGAUGAUGAGGAUGAAGAAGCGAGUGAUGAAGAGAGGGAUUUUGAGUGGCAUGAACAGGGAGAACUGAACUGGUCUGAUGAUGAUGGGGAUGAUUCAGAGUCCAUCUCAGACACUCCAGCAGAACGCAGUGGUCACAUCGCAGUGUGUGACAGAAACUGUAUGUAUGUCUGGGGAGGAUAUAAGAAUGCUGAAGCAUCUGGGUUCUUUGAUUUGUACUUACCAAAGCAAGAAAUCUGGAUAUACGACAUGGAAACUGGAAAAUGGAGAAGGCAGCUGUCAGGAGGAGAUCUCCCUAACCCAAUGUCGGGCAGCUGUGGUGUAUGUGUGGAAGGCAUUCUGUAUCUCUUUGGAGGUCAUCAUGCUAGAGGAAAUACUAAUUUGGUUUAUCGUAUGCCUCUGAGGGGCUCUGACUUCCAGUGGGAGAGAAUGAAGGACCUUAAGGGUUUGGCCCCUACAUGUAAAGACAAAUUAGGCUGUUGGGUGUACAAGAACAGGCUGGUGUAUUUUGGGGGCUAUGGAUAUGAGGCAGAAGCAGACCAUCAAGGAACGUUUGAAUUAGAUGAAAAUUCACUUGUGGGUAACCACCAAGCACGGGGCUGGAACAAUCAUAUUCACAUUCUUAACCUUGAAAUGUCAGCCUGGAGUCAACCCAAAACAAAGGGAAAUGCUCCAACACCACGUGCAGCCCAUGCUUGUGCUACUCUGGGAAACAGGGGUUAUGUUUUUGGUGGACGAUAUAUGCAUCAUCGGCUAAACGACCUGUACUAUAUUAACAUGGACACCUGGGAAUGGACCGAAAUGUCGGUACCUCGGCAAGGCCCAGUUGGCCGAUCAUGGCACUCUUUCACACCUGUGUCAUCAGAACACAUCUUUCUGUUCGGAGGCUUCACUACUGAUCGAGAAACACUUAGUGAUGCAUGGCUGUAUUGCGUGACCACAAACGAGUGGAAGCAGUUUAAACACAACCACAAUAAAAGCCCAAGACUUUGGCACACAGCCUGCUUAGGUCUGAAUGGAGAAGUGUUUGUAUUUGGGGGCUGCGCUAAUAAUCUUCUCUCACAUCAGCAAGCAUCCCAUAGCAAUGAACUACUAUCUUUCAGGAUUCAACCAAAGUCCCUACUUAGGUGCUGUACAGAGGUUGUUGUGCAGCACAGACAUCAACUUGAGAGCAGGUUUGCCUGCUUGCCCAAACAUCUACUAGACAGCCUCCGACAGACAUUCGAUUCAGCCACUACUGGAGGGUCGUAGUACUACAUACAUGCACAUUUUGUCAACCUAGGAGCAAUACUGGGAAUGUGUGGCACAGCUCCAGGGCUUCACUGCAGAGAGGCUUGUUUAAAAGAAUGCAAAGACAGAGAUGGCUGCGUGGAGGUUAAAGGCCCCUUCUAAUCCAAACUCAAUGUUUGUAUUAUAGUUGUUUGGUAAGACUUGAAACUUGUACAUUCUAAGUAUGAUUCGAUGUUAUCACUCCUUAGCACUCAAUCAGAAGCAUGAUAAAUGUUAUUGAUGCUAGCUGUGCCAUUAGUUAAAGUACAUUUGUACUGAUACAAAGGAAAAUUCUUAUCCAUCUGAUAGACAAGGACUCAGGACUGAUACAAUUACUAUCCAUUAUUACCAUCCAUUAAAAACCUGUAUGUACA